AUAGACGACAACGAAGUAAAUUUAAACGACAAAAACAACAACAACAACAACAACAACAACAAUGAUGAUGACAGUUACACCUCAACAGCUUGAAUAUUCAACCAUAUGAACGAUUUAUUAUGUUAAGGCUUUAAACAACAGUAUCCGGCUUGCAGAUGAUUCACUUUGCAAUUGUAAGUCGCAGCACAGAUGGACUUGCUCUGGUGGCCAACUCGGACAGUCCCCUGGUGUCCAUGCAUCCUGGACUGGAAGAUGCCCAAAGAAAAAUAAAGUUACUCUCUAGAAUAUCUGCCCGCUUCCCAGACAGAUGCAGUCUGUACUGUGGCUCCUAUGUUAUACAUUUCAUUACAGCGCUAGAUCUGACCCUGCUGGUGCUGUGUGAUGUGACCUACCCGCAGGUGCUCGCCUUCUCGUUCCUCUCCGAUCUGCAGAAGGAGUUCCUCGUGUUCUUUGACAAGCAGAAAGUCUUGACUGUUCAGAGACCAUACUCACUUAUUGACUUUGAUAUUCCUCUGCAGAGACUCAAACACAGAUAUAACAACCCACGGUCAUUAAAUACAAAAGUGAAUCUACAGGUACUCAGUGAGGAAUUGCGUCUGCGACCUCCAUACGUUCUGUGUGAAGAAGAGCUCAGACCAGGUUAUGGGCAGAGGUCAAAUAAUGAGGUCACGACAACGGCAGCCUCGCCAUUCAUGCGUUACCUCCCUUUGCACUUUGUCGGGAUUGUCUCCCUUUCAUUGAGCUGCUUCUGCGCCCUGUUGAACUUCACCAGAGCGGUCCACAUCAUCAACGACACUCAUGCUCACAUUGGCCAGGAAUUUGAUACGGAACAUUACCAAACAGGGGCCACAUUUUUCGUUUGCUGUUUCUUGUCAUUAUAUCAGUCGUAUCUUAUAUGCUACCCGCACAAGAGACGAAAGGCCCUGGCGUGUGCAACGCUAGGAAGUAUAUGUGUGUGUCAGCUGUACCUUUAUGAGCAUCGAAGCAUCUUUGGGCUAAUUUUCCAUGUCACGGUUGCAUGCUACGGAACUUUUGUCAUCAUCACGCGCCAGAUGCAGUCUAAAUUGCCACAGUAUACUUUAUGAUAGCUUCGCUAGAGAGUUUUGUACGAUAUGUGACAUUGUUUUAAGUUCACCUCAGCAAAAAGUGCUCAAGGUGAGUGAUUGUAGUCAGUAAAUAUCCAGGGAAGUGUGUUUGAAUUUAAAGCUUUUUACCAUUUUAGAUACCACAUUUUUGUGUAAAUCUUGAUCAAACAUAAUCAGAAUGUUAUCUCAAUAUUAUCUACUCAAAGUUUGGAUCUUAGUUAAGUGGGGAAAAAACUAUGUUAUCAUGUCAUAUCUUAGGAAAACCUUGUUACCACUCUAGAGGUCACAUAUAAUACAGAAUUCUUAUGAAACUUACCCAGAAUAUUUAUCUUGACAAUAUAUAUCCCGGUACCUUGGUCAGGUUUGAAUCUGUAUCGACCAUCGCAAAUAUAAAGCCAAGAGUGUAAAACUUCGAAUAAAGUGGUCAGAAUGUCUCAUCUGAGAAUAAUUAUCUAGGUCAAGGUCAAUCUGGGUCCAAAAGGUCAAAAUCUAAGUGAAUCAAUAAAAUCUUGUAAAGACCUGGUCAUGAUUCUAGAAGCAACGUUUAUGACUCAAUAUUGAUGAGACUUGGUCAAAAUGUUUAUCUUGACAAUAUCCAAGCCAGCUUUUAAUCUGUGUCAAGAGGUAUCAAAAGCUAGGUCAACAGGUCAAAUCGUAGAAAAACCUUGGUACUACUCUGGAUGCCACAUAUAUGGCUCAAUCUGGAUGACUGUUUUUUGCAAUGUUUAUCUUGUCAAUAUAUAUCCCCAGAACUAUGGUCAUGUUUGAAUCUGAAUCAUGUGGGGUCAUAACUAAGUCAUCAGGUUCAAGCUAAGAAAAAACCUCAUAAACACCCUUAACAUAGCCUGAAUGUCCUUCUUAAACAUACUUUGGCCAAGUUUAAACCAAGGUCUCAUGAGGUGAAAUACAAGAUCGUUAGAUCAAAUCUUUGACAAUUGACAAUUUUUUACCUUGAUUGUCCUUUUGUACAUAUUUUAUUCUUGGUGUUUUGCUAUUGUAGCCAAAUGUAUAUAAA